GCAUACACUUGCAAUAAAAAGGGUGUUUUUGGUACAACUAGUCAUAAAAACAGAACACUUCUCAGUCGACUUUGGCGCAUUUGCUGCUCUCCAAUUAACGUGCUGUCAAGCUAUCCAUAGGAGGCUCUAAAUCAUCAGCUGGUGACUUAAUUAGUAUUUCCUCAAGUGUCCAAAAUCUCCGUGCCACUUGUGUUACUCAACAGAUAAACACGCCAAUCAAAACAAAACUGUAUCAUCGAUAUGUGGAUCUUGCCAUUUUUUGAUCUGGCAUUUUCAUUCCGCUAAUUUCAUUUUUUCAUAAAAUUUUCCUCUUGGCUUGCGCUGUGACAGAAGUGACGGCCAGGAAAAUAAAGCCGGAGGGACCAGUCGAUUUCUGAGAGCACCGGUUUGUUUUGAAUAUUAAUUCAGCCGGAACGCAACAGGCCAACAGUACAACAGGCGGGUUUAUUGAUUUUUUAAUACUUUCUUAUUUUUGUGUUUGUAUGUAAAUCGAAAGUGGCGGGUAGACAAGCAUAAUUCAAUAUAAAAGUUGCUAUUCACUUAAAAUCGACAAAUUAAUGCACUUUUUGAGUGAAUUUUUGUGCGCAACCUUUUUUCGCAACCUCCUGAGGUUGUUGAUCAGGGCAUGGGUAAAUACGGGUGGAGUACAUCAUCAAUCUUGACUUUGUUUCGUCCAAUUCUUUUUGCUGGCCUCCAAAUUACUUUAAUCUUCAUUUACCCGCGACGGGAUUAGAUAUUGACGACCUACAAAUCGCAUUCUUCUAAAUUUUGUACGUCACUUUGUGGAAGAGUUGUCAGAAAGCACAUUUUCUUCGUGAGAAACUGCUGCCAAAUUAGUCGAAACUAGCAAAAAAAACGUUGAUGAAUGGGUAUUUAUGGCGGAUGACUGAACUGAUAACUGACCUUCUGAGUUAGAGCUUGAAAAAAAAUUCAAUUUACUUUUGGACAUCUAGCGUAAUUACCCUACCAUUUAUUUUUCUCCUUUAAGGACAAAAAUCGAAUUGAAUGGAUUCAUUACAGUUCAACAUUGUUUCUAAAUUGUUUUUCCAUUUUUCUUAUUGAAAAGGCUCUCAAUGAAUCGUUUCCAAUAAUCUGUAUACAGAUCUUAAUGAAAUCCUAAUCAAAACUUAUUAUUUGGAACCUAUGUUAGCUUGAUUCUUCCCGGAUAAAAAAAGUAUCUCAUCAACCCGUGCAAUUUAGACGCUCAGAAAAUUUCUCUGCUAAAAACAAAGGCUAAAGGAAGGAUCAUAUGGCAGCUGAAAAAAUGGCAUAGAAUUCCAUUUUCAAUGGGGUUAAUUACCAUUUAUUCAUGAAGAAAAUCACGUUUAUUUGACGAACAUCAUUUAUUUAUUUAUAAAAAGAAAUCCCUCCUUUAUGAGAACAAGAACCUUCUUUUAUCAAAAGAAAUCAUCUUUUUUAUUUUUAUUCGUAAUUUCUUUAUAUCAAUUUUUGGUGCAUUUUCGAAAUGUUUAAGCCCCAGAUUCUCAAUGAAGAUGAUCUUGCUUCUAUGAUUCUGGCGGCCAUUAACCAAUCCACCUUACCAUCAUCAGUGCAAUCAUACUCUCCAAGAAGCUCACAUUCCAUAUCUUAUUGGGAUUCCAAAUCCAUUGGACUAAGUUAUGAUGUAAUCAGGAAUGUUUCCUGGAAAUCAGCAGCGGACUUUGCCAACUGUUUCAUCGAUGGAAACCAGCUGGUGUUUAGAGCAAACGAAAGGCAAUGUCGUUUAAUUCUCGGCUUAGACGUCAGUAGUUCCUCCGAAGCCGAAAGAACAAAGUAUGACUUUACUGAUUGGAGCAUUGUGCUGUUCGCUCUACUCAUUGUCAUUUCCGUCGUGACGUCAGUCGGAAAUGGACUGGUGCUGUAUGUGCUGGUGCGUAACAAGAGCCUCCACUCCCCGUCCAACUUGUUCAUCGGGAGUCUGGCUUGUGCCGAUCUGAUCAUAGGGGCAUUUGUGAUGCCAGUGGCCUCCUACUACUUCGUGCUCAACGACAACACCUGGAACUUAGGACUACCUGUGUGCCAGCUGUGGCUGUCUCUGGACUACUUUGCCACCUGUUCCUCCAUCCUGAACCUGAUGGCCAUGAGUCUGGACAGGUACUUCUCCAUAGCCCACGCUCUCUCCUACAGACAGUACAGGAACUACCGGAACUUCCUGGCAGCCAUCGCUCUCAUCUGGACACUCUCCAGCAUCUACACCCCGCCUAUUCUUCUCUGGCACCACAUAUUCAAUCAAGGGGUCCGAACCAUACCACCCGAUAAGUGUGACGUCGAAUUCGCCACCGAGAUGAACUUCAAAGUUGUCAGCCUGCUCUUAAGUUUCAUACUACCUUUCUGCACCAUGUGUAUUGUCUACCUACGAAUAUUUAUCGUCAUACACCAGCGAACUCAAAAGAGCAAAAAGCGACACACGUCUACGAGUAGCUACUCGCGAAACGAUGUGUCAUCCUCGAUUAAUCCGAAGUCGCCGAGGAUACGACAAACACCGCCAAAGUUAACAAGAGAAGCGACGAUUUACGAAAUCGACGACGGAGGAGCCGAUGCUGACGACCCGAAAGGUAGGGUUACGACUAAAACGAGUCCAAGUCCGAACACGGGUGUUCGGAUAAGCGACAAGCCGCCAACAGCGAUUGAACCAAGUGGUUCGUCCGAGGAGACCAACGGGAAAAAGAGGUCGGGGUCAGGAGAGUUGGCAAAAAAUGGGGCUUCGACGUUGUCUAAAGUGCAGAGGCGCAUCAGUACAAAUAUCAACAUGAUCAGAAGAAAACGAUCGACAGAACAGCAAAGAGAGUUUGCCCAGUCUCUGGCGAAAAUGGGCCAGCCACAUUUCUUAAAGGUGAAGGCAGCGAAGCAGCUGGCUUUCAUCCUUCUGGCGUUUGCCAUCUGCUGGCUGCCAUACAUGACCAUCUACAUGGGCUAUGCAACUGAGGCCCCCAUCUUCCAAUCAGACUUCUCCAUCACAUUCUUCACUCUCUCUGUCUGGCUAGGCUACAUGAACUCAUUUCUCAACCCAAUCCUGUAUCCCUUAUGUAUCGACAGCUUCAAAAAGGCAUUCCGAGAACUAUACAAGGGCAAGCACAACCCCCACUUGAGGGGGGCAACACCCACCUCCAUACCGGCCUCCAGACGGGUGAGAAGAAUGGGCCGAGCAGGUCCCCCUCCCGUCUCCCAAGCGGCAACCAGGGGGCUGGGCCGAGGCGCUGCAGUUCUAAUGACAACAGCUGCGAAAAAGAAGUCCUCAGCUGCUAGCGUGGAUUUUGCUCCUCAUUUGAAUCAACAAUAUAAUAUUUAGAAGCAAUCAAAUUUAUAGUCGUUAAUUAAGAAAUCAGAUUUGUUUAUUUGAAUCAGCCAUUUGU